AUGGCGUUCAUACCUCGCGCGGCUUUCCCAGCGCUCGACUCCUUGCCCCGGUCGUACUACCUUGGACACCAUGCCGCCGCCCUCUCGAAGAUACGAUCUAUGGUCUCUCAGAUUGACCUCAUCAUAGAGUGUCGCGACUAUCGUAUCCCAUUGACCAGCCGUAACCCACUGUUCGAGGAGACGCUCAAGGAGCGAGAACGGCUGGUCGUGUAUACGAAAAGGGAUCUGGGCUCAGAUGGUACGAACGGUGCGGAUAGAAAGCGCCACACUCUCCUUCGCCACUUCCAUCAUCCUUCUCCGGUCUUGUUCUGUGACCAUCAAUCUUCUCAUGAUAUUCGGCAAGUCCUUACUUACAUCAAAACGAUCGUCAAGUCCCGUGGCAGUCUGACGGGCUCCCACCUGAUGGUGGCUGGCAUGCCCAACGUAGGCAAGUCAUCCUUACUAAACGCUCUCCGCUCCGUGAGCCUACACAAAGGUAAAGCUGCUCGCACUGGCGCACAACCCGGCAUCACCCGCAAAAUUGGCACCAGCGUAAAGAUCAUCGAGCCCGAAGAUGGCGGCGGAGGCGUCUACCUACUCGACACACCCGGUGUCUUCAUUCCGUACGUGCCUGACGCAGAAGCCAUGCUGAAACUUGCACUUUGCGGUAGCGUGAAAGACAACAUUAUCCCGCCGUUCACGCUGGCCGAUUACUUACUGUAUCAUGUCAACCUCAAAUCCCCGGAGCUAUACUCACAGUAUCAUACUCCAACGAACGAUGUCAUGGAACUUCUGGACGCUGUCGCGCGCAAGACCGGCCGACUGCAGAAAGGCGGCGAGUCCGACACGGAAGGAGCCGCACUUUGGAUGGUACAGAGAUGGCGCAGUGGUCAUCUUGGACGCUUCUUACUGGACGAAGUGAGCGAGGAGGCGCUUCAACGGUACAAUGCUGAAGCUGCCGUUCAAGCACCGAGCAGUCUUAGUCAGAUGCGGAAGGCUGGCAAGGAGGUAAUCAGAAACAGAGCGAGAGCUAGCAGAGCCGCAUCUUUGGACUGA